AUGGUGGAAGAUAAAAAGCUUAAAUUGAAGUUAAAAUUCUCUUUGAAGAAACGAGAAAAAUCCGAUCAACAAGAGCAACAACAACAACAACAAGAACAAGUGGUAGUUGCUGAAGAACAGCAACUACCAGCUGAAGAUGAUGAAUUAGAAGAAGGUGAAAUUCGUGAAGAUGAAGAAGAUCAAGUUCAACAACCUCAAAUAAACAACAACAACAACAAUGUUGACAACAACAACGUUGACAACAACAACAAUGUUGACAACAACGUUGACAACAACAACGAUGAUGCAGCGUUGCGGGAAUAUACGUGUUCAUUAUGCGGGAAAGUAUUCGGCAGUGGAAAAGCCCUAGGAGGUCACUUAAGAAUUCACCCUGAGUAUAAUCCCAAGUCCAACAAAAAGCCCAUUGUUUCAGGCCCGAACCCGGCACAGAAGCCCGAUUCAUCGGCCCAAAAAGCGCUGGGUUUUCCUUGCGAUCAUUGUUGGAGGAGCUUCUCAACAAAAAAAUCCCUAUAUGGGCACAUGAGGUCCCACCCUGAACGUGAAUAUCGGGGUAUGAAACCACCUACUGAUGAAACUGAUCCCAGCCCAAGUAAUUCCAAUCCUGAGCCCGAUGUUAGGCCCGGGCCCGAGACGGUGUCGUCGUCUUCGGGGUGGAGUAGGUUGGAUGAGAUAAAGUGGAAGCAGAGGGGGAAACGAGGAAGGGUGAAGAAGGAGGAAACGUCGUCGUCGGCUUCAACCAUUGACCACCAAGUUGAGGUGGCUGCUGCUGACCUUAUGUUGCUUUCAGCUGCUGGUGGUGGUGGUAAUGGUGGUAGAGGAGAGAGAAAGUUAAUUCGGAAAGAUGGUAAGACGGAUCAUCAUGAUGAUAUGGAUGAUAUGGAUGAGAAGAUGAAGUUAGAGAAUUAUGAUGAAGAUGAGCUGUAUUUUCUACAAGAUUAUUUGGGGAUAUCAGUUCCUUCAACUUCAUCAUCUUCACGUUCUGAUAUUCCUACUGUUAAAAAUGAUCCAAUUAUUCCGGAAAAAAAGUCGUUAUUAGCUCUAAAGAUGAAGAUCAAAGAAAAGAAGAAAAAGAUGGUUUCUGUUAAUGAUAAUGAUCGUAAGAGUAAAAAACGGAAGUUAAUUAGGGAUUCGAAAUCUGUUAAAGCUGCUGAUGAUCAUCGUCGUAAAACAUCUGAUGACGGCGAUGAUGGUGGUGAUGAUGAUGGUGGUAAACAGAAAGUGGAGUUGAUGGUGAAUAAGUGGGAAUGUACUACUUGUAACAAAACAUUCCCUACGCACCAAGCUUUAGGUGGUCAUAAGUCUAGUCACAACAAAUUAAAAUCAACUCAUUCACAAACCCCUAAACCCAAUUCAACUCAAACCCUAAUCCUAACCCUAACCCGGACAUCAUCUGAUAUCACCGAUGGCGAAGACGGAGCUAGUGGUAGUGUUAGUGGUAGUGGUAGUGGUAGUGUUAAGGGGAGUAGUGAGGAUAAUGUUGGUGUUGAUGAUGGUAAGAUACUAGCUCACAAUCAUAAUGUUCCGUCUACAAAAUCGUCAGCUAAUCAGGUUCAAUCAGGUCCAAAAACGGAUCAGAUUCUGUCUACAGAAUCAUCACCACAUCAAGUUCAAUCCGCUCCACAAACGGGUAGGAGAAGUAUUGUUCUUGAUCUUGAUCUAAACGUUGCUGCAACUGAAGAUGAUGAAGAUGUGGACGGUGUUGUUACUCCACCUUCUUAG